UGCGCUGACAUAGUGAGGAGUCAUCUGGGCGUCACAUUCUACAGACAGAAGUUUUAGCUGGACCAGGCAAGGAUCAGAAUCCGCUCACAUAGUGAGGAGACGUCUGGGCGUCACAUUCUGCAGAAAGACGUUUUAGCUGGAACAAGUCCUGGCGAGCCGCAAUAUAUUUAAAGCUUACAACUUACAUAUGGUCUUCAAAUAACAUCCUGUCAUGGUGAAAUCCAUUUACGUCUUGUGAGUCUACAAUGCCUUCCAAUGAAUUUAUUGCAGGUUGGAUUUCAGGAGCCCUUGGAAUUGUUGUUGGACAUCCUAUAGACACAGUUAAGGUGCGUUUGCAAACGCUGUCUAGGUACCGUGGAAUUGUAGACUGCAUAGUGAAGACUUACAAGAAAGAAACAAUUUUGGGAUUUUAUAAAGGAAUGGGUUUUCCUGUUGGCAGUGUGGCCGUCAGUAAUUCCUUAAUGUUUGGAUCAUAUAGUAAUGCAUUGCUCUACAUAACUGGCACAGAAUGUAAAGACUGGAAAAAUCGACCACAAAACCAACAUGUUUUUGUAGCUGGUUGCAUUUCAGGAUGGGUACAGGUUUAUUUUACAGCUCCAGUUGACCUGAUAAAAGUGAGGUUGCAGAACCAAACCCAGUCAUUUAAGAGGAAAGCAAAAACAGACAAUCUGCAGGCACGGUAUCAUGGGCCUUUUCAUUGUGCUGUGAGCAUACUUAAAACAGAGGGCAUUACAGGUCUCUACAGGGGGUCAACUGCAUUGCUUUUCCGAGAUGUGCCCACUUGUGGAAUAUAUUUCUUAACAUAUAAAGUGAUUUGCGAAUGGAUGACUAGUGAUGGCAAAACACCAGAUCCAUGGACUAUGCUGUUUGCUGGUGGUUGUGCUGGAACAUUGGGAUGGGCAUCUGCAAACCCAUUGGAUGUCAUAAAGAGCCGUUUGCAGAUGGAUGGAAUACAAGGUGUCCAAUAUCGUGGAAUAUUUGACUGUAUUUCUAAGAGCAUUAAGCAAGAAGGGUUCUGUGUGCUCUGUAAGGGUCUCACAGCAAACAGUCUUCGUGCCUUUCCUGUCAAUGCAGUGACUUUUCUUAGCUAUGAAAAGCUUCUAGAGACAUUUAAAUAAAUUUGUUACUAAAUAUGGCUUUUUUUUUUACUAUCAAUUUGUAAACAUGUAGACUGAUAUAAAAUCCCGCAAGAACUGAACCAAAGCCGUGUCAAAAACCGUACAUUUUAUGGUUGUCUACUUGAAUAUUAUUGGAAAGAUAUUCAGCUGCUAAAGAAAUUAAAACCUAAAACAUUGUUGUUGGGACUAGAGAUGAGCGAACUUACAGUAAAUUCGAUU